UACGAAAGAGAGAGAGAGAGAGAAAAAAAAUCAACCAGAAACACUCGGAGAUUAAAUAUCCAAUCCAAGCCCAACAGUCAAUUAUUUGAUAAAAGCCCAAAAAGCCCAUUUUUGAUCACUGGGAUCCAACCCAGCCCAAGAUCCAAGUCCUUACAAACAAAGCCGAAGCGUUUUCCGGUCAUCAACGGCAGUCGUCUCUCUCGUUCCGGCAUCUUCAGCCGUCGCGAAAUUCUAUGCAUAGGUUUUGAUCCCAGCCUCCUUAUGCUUACAUAUCACCUUUGUUUAUCUCGACUUUCGCUCAAAUAGUUGAGACGUUCACACGCUUGAUUUUAGUGGGGGGGAAAAAAGUGCACACCAGGUGUUUGAUAAAAUGCCGCAGUGAAGAAGCAGCAGCAGUAUAACAAUGGCCUUUAGACAUAUAGAGAAGGUGAUCCACGGUGCGAGGCAUGUAAUGGGUAAGCGAAAUGGAGCCCUGCAUUUGAACACAAUGCUAUACCAUGGCUCAGAGGAGUCUCGUGGGGAGCCUCUGUCCCUGGAAUGGUAUAGAAAGGCAUUUCCGAAGUUAACGAAACUGACCCGGUUGCUUAAAGAUGUGGAUUUGAUUGAUGGGAGGCUUGUUAGUAUCAAUGAUGGUUCGAUUAUCGUGAAUGGCCGAGCUGAACACAAAAUGGUUGCUUUCAAGUCACUUGCCAGGGUCUUUGUUGGGUCUCCAUUGGUUCAGCAGACGCUGUGGAGUGAUGUGGUGGCGUGGGCUGGCGGCAGAGGAUGUGACCCUUUUGUCUGUUUCAGUAAACCAAGGGAAAGAGAGGCCUUGGUUGUGAAGUCCAUGUCUGUAGUGGGUAGCAUUCUGAACAUUACUGCACAGCAGAGGCAGACGGUGCGUGUGAAGAUAUGUCCGCAGGUCACGCAGCACCGUAUAUGGACCGGCACGCUUGAGGAGAUACUAAAUGGAUUGAAAUGUGAGUUGGAGGUUGUAGAUUAUCAGUGCCCGAGCAAAGGGACGAGGAUUGGUCAGCAGAUAGUUUCUAGCUGUCUGAAGUUCUUGGCUGACACAUCCAUUUCAUAUGAUGAUGACUCGGCUUCGUGGAUGCGCCUUUCAACUGCAAAGAUUACCGACUCUUCUGGUUUGCAAAAAUGGGAAGACCUGCUUGAGAUGUUCAAUGAUCUUAUUGAUUGUUUGAAAAACGACAGGGAGUUACUUCUUUAUGUGACGAAGCUUGAGGUCAUGAAAGAGGGGCUGUCUCAAAUCAAGGAUGUGUUGGUUGAUAAAAGUAUUGGAUUCAAGGAAGUACGACAUCAAGAAAGCCUAGUGCAGAAGAAGCUGUCCAAGACAUUGGGUCAUUCAUCCCAGUGUUUGUUCACACUCUUGUUAUAUUACCUCUAUGGGCAUGUUAGAGAUAUUGAAGUAGACUUAUCUGGUGGUCUUUAUAGCAUUAGUGACAAGAGUCUUUGUCUGUGCAUGGGAAGGAUUGUGACUUCAGAUGAGGAGACGAUGAUUUGGAGUGGGGUGAAGCAGUUGGACAGGGCUCUUGGUCUUUUCAAGUUUGUAUGGGAAACAGCAGGAAUGGAAGGAGUUUUGCAAUUGCAAGGCCAUAUAUGGUGUGUAGGAGCUGAGAGCAGAACACUUACAUAUAGAGGAAACACAUUCUUUGUACAUGGAAUUCAUGUUUGAAGAACAACUCUCUCAGAAUAUGAGUUCAGAUUUCAGAAGCUACUUUACAUGAUUCAUUGAUCAGGUGAACACUACAUGCAAGAACACGUAGCUUGGUGUAGUUGUUGCAGUAACUGAUCUGAGUUCAACUCAGUACCUUUUAGGAGUUCUUAAGCUCAUUGGCGUUCUCAAGUAUAAAUGAUUACUGAUAGUACCGAAGUACCAAACCCAGAUUCAGAUUAGAACAAAUGCAUUCCAUGGAAGUGACUAUGAGGAGUGCACCAGCCACAUAACAGAAAGAACACCCUUCAGAAAAUCCAGGCCAAGCUGGAUAAAUAGAUGUACUUGCUAUAAGGAAAAACAAGAAAAAACUCUUGAUGGAACUUAAUAGGAAUCUUUUGAAAACUUAGAAGAUUUGGGUAGAAAAGAUACUUCAAAUUGAGGUAUUGGUUCUCUCCUUUUCUUUCAUUUUCCUUUUCACAUGUUUAGUUACCUGACGUGAUAACAUUUUAUUCUUUGGUAAUGGUAAUAAUUUGGAAAUGUAGUUCAUAAUAUUACGGUGUAGCCUUCCUGAUCCAAAAUUCAUUCUGAUAUAGUACUCUAAUUGAUGAUGCCAUUAAUAUCAGAAGAUUUGCAGUCAUAGCUUAGCACUAGUAGAUGGAUUAGAGUUCUAUGUAUUCAUCUCUCUGGAAUUUUUCC